GCUCGUGGUGAGCACGUGAAUGUAUCAUAGUUGGACGCGACGGAGAGGAGAGGAAAGAAAAGGGCAAGGAAGGGACCUGCAAUAAAUUCAGCCUCGCGCUCUUGGCGCCAAUCUGAUUUAAAGAGAACAAAAAGAGCUAUUUUUUUCUCCAUUUGAUGUUUUAUCAAAUUUGCGCCUACCUGCUGCUUCUUUCGCAGCCGUUGGUCGGUGCUAUAGCCAGCUAGCCUCGUUAGCACACUAUCUAUCAUUGUCAUAUUAAUCUGCCCCCCUUCUGUAGUGGAGAUUCUAAUAACUCAGCAACAGCAAAGCACAGGGACAAUAGAGGUGUGUUUCUCCUGGGGGAUUGAUAAAACACCGCUGCAAAAAUGGGGAGAAAGUCCAACAGAGCAAAGGAGAAGAAAGCCCGGCGUCUGGAAGAGAGGGCAGCUAUGGAUGCCGUGUGUGCCAAGGUGGACGCAGCCAAUAAGCUUGAUGACCCACUGGCUGCCUUCCCAGCCUUCAAGAAGUACGACAGAAAUGGGCUGAACCUGCAGAUAGAGUGUAAGAGAGUGACCACCCUCAACCCGCUGUCUGUGGAGUGGGCCUUCGAACUCACCAGAGCCAACAUGCAGACACUGUACGAGCAGAGCGAGUGGGGUUGGAAGGAGAGGGAAAAGAGGGAGGAGAUGAACGACGAGAGGGCGUGGUACCUACUGGCCCGCGACGGCGAGUCCGCCCCUGUGGCCUUCUCUCACUUCCGAUUCGACGUGGAGUGUGGGGAGGAGGUUUUAUAUUGCUACGAGGUGCAGUUAGAGAGCAGAGUGCGGAGGAAAGGACUGGGAAAGUUCCUCAUCCAGAUACUACAGCUCAUCGCUAACAGUACACAGAUGAAGAAAGUGAUGUUGACAGUUUUCAAACACAACCAUGGGGCUUACCAGUUCUUCAGAGAAGCUUUACAGUUUGAGAUCGAUGAGACUUCGCCAAGCAUGUCCGGUUGCUGCGGCGACGACUGCUCUUACGAGAUCCUCAGCCGGCGGACCAAACACGGCGAGGCCUCGGCAGGACACACCCACGGGGGUGGGCACUGCGGGGGUUGCUGCCACUGAGCCGCUCCAGUUCUACCUUUUUUUUCUUUCUUUUUUUUUUUUUUUUUCUGAUUGGUUAAAAACCAGCAACUUACAUGGCUGUGUGUGAAAGCUUGAGCUGCCUCCUAUUCUGCAAGCGUUUUGAGUUUGACCGGCUGUAGAGUGCCGUUUUAAAAAUGAACCAAUUGUGGAAUAUCUGGCUACAGAUGUUGGGUGUCGCAUUAUGGAUUGAGAUUUGUUUUUUUUUUUUUUUUUGUGUAUUCCUGCUCCUUUCACACAUGGCUCCUGUUCUUUCUUACUUGUUGGUUCAAUGUCCAAGCCAUCUUUUCUCAUUCUCUUAUCCCAGUUAAUGAUGACAAUUAGUAUUCCCCAGUCAAGAAAAAGCUAAGGCAUUGCUGACACACUCUACCAUUGCAAUGAACCUCAUCCCACCCUGCUGUCAUCUCCUCACAUGCUGUACUGUAUUCAAACCUGCUGCAGCGCUUCUUAAACUAUGGCUUGGGACCUGGCCUAAGGCUGUAUUAUAGAAACUUCCUACCUCAUGUCAAGAUUUCAUAGUACCUUUUUUUUUUUUUUUUUUUUUUUUUUUUUUUUCAAAAAAAAUCAUGCCCUCACUCAAAUGACUAUGUAUAGUAAGCAGAUGAGAAGAGCUAGUCAGUUUCUGUUAUACAGCCCCUGCUUUCUUUGGGCCCUCGCACUGAGACUACCAGCUGGUUUCACUGAACCAGGGUCUCUGGAUUAGGCUGAAUGUACUCACAUUUGGGUCCCAGAAAAACAGUCCAAGGAGCCCUGCUGUACUGUAAAAUCACCUGUUAUAUGCACGUAUGGCUUGUUAAUCUUUUUUGUAACAAAAUCACUGCAUCUAGCAGCAACUGCACAUACCGGCCCUUUAUACUACCGUUCCUCUUAGCACCACCCGUCUUCUCUAUUCAGGCGAUACCUUUUAUCUAUAGGCCUCUCCCCUGCUUUUGAAGGCAAGGGGUUUUAAAUCCAUGAAGUCACUCGCUUGCUUUCUUCCCACUUUCUUUUUCUUGUUUCCAUGCUUCAUUUCUUUUAAAUUUCAGCCGCCUUCCCUUUUUCCUGUCCUAUCCACCUCUGUUCUCCCUCCAUGUCUGAAAGGUGGCAAACAAUGACCGCAGACCCCUUCAUGCCGCUCCCCCCUUUUUGUCCUCUUUGUACAAUUGCUCACUCCUGCUCGCCUUUUCAUUCACUUUUUUUCAAAGAGGUACUAAUGAUAAACAAGCUAAUGUUGACCAUACUUUUUUUUUUUUUUUAAGCUGUAUUUAAAAAAAAAAAAAAAAAAAUACUACAACCAUCCUCCAUCCCUUCUCUUACACAUUUUGUUAGCAUGAGCAAAUCAUAUUGAUUUAACAUGGAUGAGGAUUGGUAUAAAUCACCGGUUCAUCACGUGGCCAUCUGAAGCUGAUGAACGCCAUUAACUUGGAGGAGGGAAUACAGAUUAGAUGGAUGGAUGAUAGUGUUUUUUUAAUAGGUUAUUCUUCUUCUCAGUCAUCACCUGUUUUACCAGCCCAAUGUCAUUAGCUUGUAUGACAAAAAAAACAACUUUAGAAAGGUUAAACAAAACUUGUGAUUGAUCAUGAUUGUUCAACAGCUUCUGAACCUUGAACACUCAUCUAAGAUCCUCAUGUUGGUCUAAUGGCAUUACUUCAAUAUUUCAUACCAUCUCAUAUGAGCAUCAGUGCAUGUUAGAAGUAUGUGAUGGGGGAUGUUGAUGUGUACUCUACACUCCAUUCUCUCAAAGUUGGUCCAGAAUAAUCUUACUGUUGAGAUUCUUGUAGGAGUCCCACUUUGGAUUUUAGAUACCACGUUACUAGUCAAUGUAGAAAGGCUUCGAUCUGGUUGAUUCCAUAUCUGUUUACAAAACCUUCAGGGUAUUAUUGGACCGUUUUGAGUGCUAGCCGGCUAUAGCCCUAAUCUAGAAACCACCAUAAAACCCUUUAAUUCCAGGACUGUAGUCAGUGUGUACAUAUUUUAUUUGUGGGCUGGAAGUGUCAAAAGAUAUUACUUCACACUGUUGUGGAUGUAAAGAUUCCUCUAUCUAGUGUGGCUGUGAAGGGCUUCAAUGAGUAAGUUUUGAAAUGUUGAUCUAAAACUGGCCAUAUUAAGGCCCGGUUUGGAGAUUUCAUACAGCUGAACGCCUGGUCAAAGUAUGUGAAACAGGGGAGACUGAAAUGUGAAGUUGACAGACACUCGUACACUUUGAUGCUAUAAUAAUCUGUUACGAUAGAACAAAAUGGUAUGCGUCACCAAAAAAAACACACACACACAUCUCUUUUGGAUGACCAAGUCCAGAUCCUGGAGUAAAGGUUUCUGGUUGUUUCCAGACUGAGUAGAGACAAAAAAAUAUUCAGCACCUGGGGAGGACAUAUUGGUGUCUCAUGCUUGUUUGAUCAUGAACAACACAACCGUUCUAGCCUACCUUCUGAUAAGUACAGCAAGUCAUUUUUUUUGUACUGCAUAGGUUACAAUACAAAGGAUGUUGUACAUAGUGGUAGUAUAUCAACCAACUGACAGCCUCUCUCUCAGGUUAAUCAAACAUAUUCAAACCUCAUCUGUUUUAUUACCAUGCUCGCUGGGUAGGAUUGGUCACAGCUCUGAACUAGAGCCAGUUUUUGUUUGUGUGUCAUGCCAUAGUAGUUAAAGAAACUGAUCUGCAGAACACUGUUCAGGAGGGGAUUUUUUUUUAAGACUACAGUGUGUUAACAGUAAAAGGAAAAACUUCCUCUCUCGCCUUGGAAAUGUGAAUAUGACACGAAGUUUGAACUGGCCCUAGAUCAGUGCUCAGUUCUUACAUAAAAUCCAGAUAGGUUGGCUGUUUUAAAAAAAAAAAAAGAAGAAAAAAGCUCACUGAAAGUAAAAAAUGCUUUUGUGAAAAUAUCUUUAAGUUUGUAAGUGAGCCUAAACUUAACCCGUUUAUUUUAAGUCAUUAAGUACUUUUAAUUUAGAAAAUGGUCACAUACCCUCACAAAACCACAGAUCCUUGUCUUGGUCUUUUCUCUGUGUGUAUAUAUAAACUGAUGUGGAUCCAUCAUCAUUUUCAUUUCUUGGCCUUUUACAGGUAAAACACUUUUAAACAUGAUGUUAAAAGUAAACUCCAUGUUUGAGAGUGUGUGUUACAGUCCUGUCCAUAAACGACAAUGAAAGGGAAAACUAAGUCAUUCUGCCUUGUGUUUUAUUUGUAUGUUACAAAUAAAGGAAAGUUGUUUGACUUUUCAAGA